UUAAAGCUUUUGAGAGAGAAAGAGACUCUGUUAAGAUUGAGAGAGAGAGCAGGGACGAGAGGGAGGUUUUUGAGAGUGGGAGAGAGCUUAAUUUGCAGACCGUAGAGACUAGAGAGUGGGGGACGCCUUCAUUCAUUUCGAGUUGUCGACUUUCGAGAGAGAGAAACGGGAGGACAGAUUUCAUGUAACCGAACCAUAUUCUCCAGUUGCAGAGAGAAACAGAUGAACAAAUCGAGGAACUUCAGGCGACGAGGUGACGUCGACAAUGAUCGCAACGGAGAAGAUAACGAUGCCCCUCCUCUUUCUAAACCCCUUUCCCCCAAAACCCAGAAACCCACCACCAAAGAGAAGAAAGGAAGGAACUCUCAGGGCUCCAAGCUCCUUUCUUUUGCAGGCGAUGGAGAAGCUCCUCAAAAAAACCAAUCGGAGAGGUCGGGGCCCAAGCCACCACAGCGUAACUUGCUCAGCUUCGAUGAAGAAGACGGAGGAAGUCCCAAUAUCCAACGUUCAAUUAGGAAGAAACCGGGCCUUUCUUCUUCUCAUGGCUCCUCUCACAAAAUCAUAGCUGGUAAGGAUCGAACCUCUAUUCAAUCCCCUUCUGUUCCAUCUAAUGUCCAGCCACAAGCUGGUCAGUACACAAAGGAGAAGCUUCUCGAGUUGCAGAAGAACACGAAAACCCUAGGCGGGUCGAAACCCCCUUCUGAGACCAAACCAGCUGAACCAGUUAUUGUUUUGAAGGGUUUGGUGAAACCCAUAUUGGAAGAGAGGAAAUCCGAGAAGACCCAAGUGAGAGAAAGCAUGGAAAAUGAUAGAGAGAAGUUUAGUAGAGAGAAAGAAGAGGCAGAGAGCAGUUUGGGAAAGAUGGGUAUUGGGCAACCAAAAGAGGAGGUGGGUUCUCCAGUGCUUGAUCAGGCGACCAUUAAUGCGAUUAAGGCGAAAAGAGAGAGGCUUCGUCAAGCUCGAAUGGCCCCUGAUUACAUUUCUCUAGAUAGUGGAGGUGCUCGAUCGAUGAGGGAUUCCGAUGGGUUGGGCUCAAGCGAUGACGAGAGUGAAUUUCAGGGUAGGAUUGCAUUAUUAGGAGAGGGAAACAACAGUUCAAGAAAGGGGGUUUUCGAAAAUGCAGAUGAGAAGGUGUUUGAAUUGAAGAGAGAGGAGAGAGAAACAGAGGUGGACGAUGAUGAUGAAGAAGACAAGAAAUGGGAAGAGGAGCAAUUUAGAAAGGCUCUUGGUAAGAGAAUGGAUGAUAAUUCAAAUAGAGGGAGUGUUCAGUCUGUGGCGUCAGCUGGUUCAGUUAAGGCAGUUCAGAGCUCUGUUUAUUCAGGGGGUUCCUAUCAUGGAGCAUCAAGUGGGUUGGUGUCGAAUUUAGGUGUUGGGGUUACUAGGAGUGUCGAAUUUAUGACCACAUCUCAACAAGCUGAGGUGGCCACUCAAGCCUUGCGGGAUUCCAUGGCAAGAUUGAAGGAAUCUCAUGACAGAACCAUAUCUUCCAUUGUUAGGACUGAUAACAAUUUGUCUGCUUCAUUAUCAAAUAUAAUUGAUCUCGAAAAGUCUCUAUCAGCUGCUGGGGAGAAGUACUUGUUCAUGCAAAAGCUUCGAGACUUUGUAUCUGUAAUAUGCGAUUUUUUACAGGACAAGGCUCCUUUCAUUGAGGAACUUGAAGAACAAAUGCAGAGACUUCACGAAGAACGGGCAUCCGCAAUUGUACAAAGGCGAGCCGAUGAUGAUGCCGAUGAAAUGGCAGAAAUUGAGGCAGCAGUGAAUGCAGCAAUUUCGGUUUUUAACAAAGGUGGCAGUGUUUCUUCUGCUGCAUCAGCAGCUCAGGCUGCAUCUUUAGCAGCAAAAGAGCAAUCCAAUUUACCAGUCGAAUUGGAUGAAUUUGGUAGAGAUGUGAACUUACAAAAACGAAUGGAUUCAAAGAGAAGGGCUGAGGCUCGAAAGCGCAGAAAGGCCUGGUCUGAAUCCAAGAGAAUCCGAACUGUCGGGGAUGGUAGUUCCUAUCAGAGGAUAGAAGGGGAGUCUAGCACUGAUGAAAGUGAUAGUGAUUCUACCGCAUAUCGGUCUAGUUGUGAUGAGCUGCUUCAAACUGCGAGUGAAAUUUUCAGUGAUGCAGCUGAUGAGUUUUCGAACCUUUCAGUUGUUAAAGUGAGGUUUGAGGGGUGGAAGAGGCAAUAUUUACCGACUUAUCGUGAUGCUUACAUGUCGAUGAAUGCAUCUGCAAUAUUUUCCCCUUAUGUGAGAUUGGAGCUUUUGAAAUGGGACCCUCUCUAUAAAUAUACGGAUUUCGAUGAUAUGAGAUGGCACUCUUUGCUCUUUGAUUAUGGCAUUAAGGCAGGUGCUAGUGGUUACGAAUCAGAUGAUAGUGAUGCUGAUCUUAUUCCUAAGCUAGUAGAAAAGGUGGCCCUUCCAAUUUUGCAUCAUGACAUUGCGCACUGCUGGGACAUGCUCAGUACCAAAGAGACCAAAAAUGCAGUUUCUGCUACGAAGUUGCUUAUUGAUUAUAUUCCUGCUUCAAGUGAGGCACUUCAGGAACUUUUGGUCUCUGUUCGAACUCGUCUAUCAGAAGCUGUUUCGAAGCUCAAAGUUCCAACCUGGAGCACUCUAGUGAUAAAUGCAGUGCCUCAAGCUGCACAAAUCGCUGCCUAUCGGUUUGGGACAUCUGUUCGUUUGAUGAAAAAUAUCUGCCUUUGGAAAGAUAUUAUUGCUCUACCAGUUCUAGAACAGCUGGUUCUUGAUGAACUUCUCUGUGCAAGAGUUCUUCCUCAUGUCCGAAAUAUUAUGCCAAAUAUUCAUGAUGCCAUCACAAGAACUGAGCGGGUUGUCGCAUCAUUAGCAGGUGUUUGGACUGGUCGUGAUCUCAUUGGAGACCGAAGUUCGAAAUUGCAGCCACUUGUGGAUUACUUGAUGAGUCUUGGAAAGACCCUUGAGAAAAAGCAUGCAUUGGGUGUUAGUACAGAGGAGACAACUGGGCUUGCUCGUCGUUUGAAGUGCAUGUUAGUUGAACUCAAUGAAUAUGACAAGGGGAGGGCCAUUCUGAGGACCUUUCAACUUAGAGAAGCCCUUUGAAACUCGAACCAUCUGCUCCUCACGUACUUUUCCCUCGAAAUCACUUUUGCGGUUGCCUCCACUGAACUGAAAUUUGUAGUGGAGUGAGAAAUGGAAGAGUGAUAAAAGCACGUUUCGCUCUUCUUUUGCCAUUUCUUGUAUCAUAAGGAUGUUAAAUUAUUCAAUUCUCUUGCGAUGAGCAUCAGUUUCUUAUAAAUUCUGAGAUCAAUCACAGUUUUCUC